GUUUGUCAAAUUCAUAAUUCCCCAAAUUUUCCAAACCGUUCACAUUCGAAAUGGCUCUGGAGAGGAACACAUUCGAAACCAUAACCCCAUCUCGUUUCAUCACCUUCACUUUCCCAAACCCCUCCAACUCCUCCUCACUCCUCCGCGUCGCCGUCCUCGACUCACCUCUUCAACUCACUGACUCACCCCGAGUCGCCGCCAUGCUCGUCCCCAUCCACCGCGAGUCCGACUGGAUAUUCUCCACCGAGUCGGGCCACCUCCAGCUCCUUCUCAGCUCGCCUGGGAUCUCCCGCCUAAUCCUCAUCGGCAGCGACCGAUCCGUAGACGCUCACCAUUCACCGCCAAUCUACCACCGUCCGGAUAAAAACGGCACGUCGUGUAAUGAGGAACUCGGGGUGAGUGAGAAAUUGAAACCUCUUUUGCUUGCUUUAUCUCCAAAGUGUUGCUUCAAAUUUGGCAUUCCCGAGAUACCCAUUUUGUGUUAUGAAGAUAAUGUGGUUUCUAGUGUGGUUUUGGAGAGGUGUGUUGGGUCUCUGGUUGGGGAAAUGGUGGUGGAGGAUGUGGAGAUUGAGAGUGGCGCCGGCGAGGUUUCGAAGAGGGAGUUCAGGAGGCGUUUGAGGUUUAAGAGAAUGCCCAAUUUGGUUCAAACGGAGGUACGCAUUGUUCCGAAGACGGGUUUUGGUUUUGAUUGUGUGGAAUUUGGAGAAAUAGAGUUUAGGCUGGAUAAUAGUGUUUUAGUGCACCCUUAUUUGGUUCCUAUGGUGGCAAGUCUGAGUCUUGUUGCUUCUUGUGUCGAGGAACAGAUUCGAAGUGGGUUUAGACCCAAAGUUUUGUGUUUAGGAGUUGGUGGUGGAGCUUUGCUUGGAUUUUUAAGUGCCCAUUUGAGUUUUCAGGUUGUGGGUGUGGAGGCGGAUGGGGAGGUUCUAAGGGUUGCUAGGAAGUAUUUCGGACUGGAAGAUGGUGAGCAUAUCAAUGUUCACGUUGGGGAUGCAAUAAAGUUUAUAGAGAAACUUGCUUUCCGUGUUAAUGAACGGACUGCCGGUUCUAUUUUUGCAGAUGAGGUAGAGGAUGGUAGUGAGUCUUGUGACAUGGGCGAUGGCAAUGACGUUCAUACUAAAUUUGAUGUAGUGCUUGCUGAUUUAGAUUCAAGUGAUGCUGGGGAUGGUAUAAUUGCUCCGCCGUUCGAGUUUGUUAGGAAGCAUGUGCUUUUGGCUGCCAAAUCAGUUCUUUGUGAUAAUGGCAUCUUUGCUAUAAAUGUUAUUCCUCCAAAUCGGUCAUUUUACACAACAAUGAUACAUGAGUUUAGAGAAGUUUUUCAUGAGUUGUAUGAAAUAGAUGUUGGAAAUGGGGAAAAUUUUAUUCUUAUUGCUGUUGUGUCGCCUGUUGCAUCUGCUACUAGUGAUUGUGAAAACUCUUUCCUUAACAAACUAAGAAUGGUUGUAUCAGGAGCAUACUUGAAUUCCAUAAAGAAGAUCUAAGAUAUAGGGGAGAGGGGGGGGGGGUGGUUGUGGAAAGAGGAAAAUGGAUAGGAAGUAGAUGCCGAUGAAACAAUCCCUUCGGACCCAAUACUGGGGAAGGUGAGACUGUAAAGAGGACACUCUCUUCAUAAUUUGACCAGUAUUCGUUUUCUUAGUGAUAAGAUCUCCAGAUAUAGAGCAACUUAAUUGUUGGUUCUCCACCCUCAUAUUUUGAGUGAAAACAUGCAUCAACGGUGGGCUUGGAAUACUAGCUCUGACUGUUCUUCCAAGCUCUGACUGUUCUCUUGAGAAGAAUUUGAGACUUUGAUAGUAGUUUGGAAACUUAUGCUUCUUUAUUGGGUAUGAGAUAAAAGGAAAAAACUCAACUUAUUCGGUUCAGGUAACACUUAUAAUGUUGCCGCCGAGGGAAAAAGAAGGAGUGAUUAUAGGGAAGGAUGCUGGUGAGGUGUUUUGGUAAAACAGGUGAAGAUUAAAGCAGUGAUGAGGCAGCAAGGAUUGGAUGUCGAGGUGGUCAUGGCAAUGAGUGGGGUGGGAUUGAGGACAACAUUGUCAAUGAGUGGACCUGUUUUUUGCCUUAUCUAGUAGCCCCAAGAUUCAAAUUUCUUGAUGGCACAGUUGCGCUUAUUCCUGCAGAAGCAAAAGGAUUAGGAGGCAUGGUUAAGUUUUCUCCUCCAAACAUCUGAAUCACCACCUUCCUAGGAGGACGAUCAACCGGUGCCAUUGGGUCUUCUCCUUCUUCUAGAAGAUUAUAGACUGUCCCUGGGUAGUAAGCCUCGUCAGUGUUCUCCAUGGUUGCACCAAUAUCCUUUUACCUCGUACCAUAUCAAGCAAAUGCAUCCCAAAACUAUAGACAUCUUACUGAUAAGACACAUUUCCAAAGUUCCUUGGGAACACUUCCGGUGCAAUGUAGCCCGUGGUCCCUCUAGCUUUAGUCAUUGACACUAUGCUUUGAUCCUUGGAGCACAACUUGGCCAAACCAAAAUCCGAAAGUUUUGGAGUGAAGUUAUAGUCUAGCAAAACGUUAAGUGGUUUGAUAUCAAAAUGGAGGAUUCGCUGAUUGUAUCCAUGGUGCAGAUAUUCAAUUCCUUUGGCUAUUCCUAGAGCAAUGUCUUGCAAUUUGCCCCAAAAGAGGUUGCAUCCUUUAGUGUCGGCGGAUGAAAUGAAACUCUGUAGUGAACCGUUAGGUUAGAGCUCAUACACAAGAGCACUUAUAAAUCCGUCAGCACAGAAGCCAACCAAGCGAACAAUGUUAACGGGGUGGAUAUGGCUCAUCGUUCCUGCUUCGUGUAUGAACUCUUCCCCAUUUCCCUUAGAAUUGUUGAGGACUUUGACAGCAUCAAAGAAGUCAGAAGAAAGUUUUCCUUUAAAAACAGUUCCAUGGGCUCCCUCUCCCAACUUGUAUUUGAAUUGAUUUCUAAUCCUCUUAACGUAGUAGUGUGUGCACCGAUUUACCGAAAGCAUGUAAUUAGUUCGUAUGUUGAUGAAGAGGAUAUGAGCAUGGAAGAGCACCUGCUGGAUGAAACUAGGUCUUUCCCUCCUUUCUGUCGAUGAAAAAGGUCGUGAUUGGUACGGAAGGACACCUGCUGGGACUCAUGUGAGCACAAAUAAUAAUUGCUACAAUAAAUUUACUUUUUCUUUUUUUUCCCAUACCUUUUGCUUUUAUCUGCCUAUUAACAAAAUCUUCUUUGUCAAUCGAAAGAUGAUGAAAAAUACUAUUUAGUCUUUUAUCACAACGAAA